GAGCAUUCUCUUCUUCUCCAACAAAUUAAAGAAAAAGGGUUUUUCUUGAGCGAGUUCUCUUCUUUUUUCUUUUUCUGUGAUCAUAUUGCUAGCAAGAUUGUGGGUCUGCUUCUGUAAUGGAGUGAGCUGAACUUCAAUAAUCAAAACCACUGACACUAGUCCAGCUAGCUAUAGUACCUCUCUCUCUCUCUCUUUCUCUCUCUCUCUCUCUCUCUCUCUCCCCCUCUACAUUGCCUAAACGUAACUCGAAAGCAAAAAUCAAUAGACAGAACAAAGGCACAAACAAGCCAUUCUUGUUCUUUUCGCAAAGGGUAUAUGUGUGCGUGUGUGUGUGUAUAUAUAUAGCCCUUUAUAUACAUAUCAACCUGUCUAGCACAUAUAUUGUCACAUAUUAUCUUUAUAGCCUUUUUAAUAUUUCUUUUCAAAUAUACCUAUCUAGCUAGCUAGCUAGUAUUAUGGAUCAUCUACCUUCUUCUGUUAACAUUUUUCCUGAUACAUUUAGAAGUGGGGGUUCAGAUGAUAUUACAGGUCAGCUUGGGUUGGUUUGGCAAGUAGUAAAAGCACCAUUAAUCGUGCCGGUCCUGAAAUUAUUGGUGAUAAUGUGCUUAGCCAUGUCAAUAAUGCUGUUUAUUGAGAGGGUAUACAUGGGCAUUGUUAUAACUUUUGUGAAAUUAUUUGGAAGAAAACCAAGCAAAAGAUACAAAUGGGAGCCUAUGAAGGAUGAUAUUGAGCUUGGGAAUUCUACUUAUCCUAUGGUUCUAGUUCAAAUUCCAAUGUACAAUGAAAAGGAGGUUUAUCAGCUGUCCAUUGGAGCUGCAUGUGGGCUUUCAUGGCCGUCCGACCGAAUCAUAAUCCAAGUGCUGGAUGACUCAACAGAUCCUACCAUUAAGAGCUUGGUGGAAGUAGAAUGCCAAAGAUGGGCAAGCAAAGGCAUCAACAUAAAGUAUGAGAUUCGAGACAACAGAAAUGGGUACAAAGCAGGAGCACUUAAAGAAGGAAUGAAACACAGCUACGUCAAACAAUGUGAUUAUGUGGCCAUUUUUGAUGCUGACUUCCAACCUGAGCCUGACUUCCUUUGGCGAACCAUACCAUUCCUUGUCCAUAACUCAGAAAUUGGUCUUGUUCAAGCUCGCUGGAAAUUUGUUAAUGCAGACGAAUGCUUAAUGACAAGAAUGCAAGAAAUGUCACUGGAUUAUCAUUUCACUGUGGAGCAAGAAGUGGGAUCUUCAACAUAUGCCUUCUUCGGUUUCAAUGGCACUGCUGGUGUUUGGAGAAUUUCAGCUCUCAAUGGAGCAGGAGGAUGGAAAGAUCGAACAACAGUUGAAGACAUGGAUUUGGCUGUCAGGGCUAGUCUCAAGGGCUGGAAGUUCGUUUACCUUGCUGACCUCAAGGUAAAAAAUGAAUUACCAAGUACCUUCAAAGCAUAUAGAUACCAACAACAUAGAUGGUCAUGUGGCCCUGCAAAUCUAUUCAAGAAAAUGGCAAUGGAAAUAUGUAGGAACAAGAAAGUAUCACUAUGGAAGAAGUUUUAUGUGAUCUACAGUUUCUUCUUCGUCCGAAAGAUUGUAGCUCAUAUUGUUACAUUUCUGUUCUAUUGUGUUGUUUUGCCUGCAACUGUUUUGGUUCCUGAAGUGGAAGUUCCAAAGUGGGGAUCUGUCUAUAUUCCUUCAACUGUUACUAUCCUGAAUGCUGUUGGAACUCCAAGAUCAUUGCACCUACUGGUAUUCUGGGUUCUAUUUGAGAAUGUAAUGUCUCUGCACAGAACUAAGGCAACAUUGAUUGGUUUGCUGGAGGCAGGAAGAGUGAAUGAAUGGGUUGUCACUGAAAAACUAGGAGAUGCUCUCAAGACAAAAUCCACUGCUAAAGCUCCCAGGAAACCUCGAAUUAGGAUUGGUGAAAGACUCCACUUAUUAGAGCUUGGCGUUGGAGCAUAUCUCUUCAUUUGUGGGUGCUAUGAUUUUACCUUUGGAAAGAACCGCUACUUCAUAUACCUGUUCCUCCAAUCCAUUGCCUUCUUCAUUUCAGGAAUUGGCUAUGUUGGCACUUUUGUCCCCAACCCUUAACAAAAGUCUUGGCCAAGAAUCAGUUCUCAAAAUUAUUACUCAAAUUUUGUUGCUUUCCUCCAAGAAAGUAUAUUUAUCUGGUGUCUUAUACUGGAAGCAUUUUUUUUUUUUCCUUUUUCUUUUUGGGGGGUAAUUGUUUCAGAAGGUAAAUGCUGGUCAUUCUUUAGUAUUGAACAGGAAACUUUUGUCUACAAGAAAUUUUCAUUUAUAGUUGUAUACUUGUAUUGGAAGUAGAAAAUUUAAAGAAGUGAAGCUGCAAGUGCAAGUUAGUGGGAAAGUAGUAUAUGGGCUUUUUGUCACAAACUUAUUGGUGUAGAAAAGAAGCAUCUUUAAUUGGGUUGUUUGGGAAUAGGGAAUUGGAAAUUUGUUUGCAAAUAAAAAUAAAAAUAAGAGAUUCUACA